UGUUAUACAAAAGAAGAAAAGCAAAAAAAGUCUGUAACUUUCUUUUCUUCUGAAUUUUCCGAGCAGCCGUCAAUGAACGAGAUCGAACGUCAGGAUUUAAAUCUUGAUCACACGCCUGAGAAGAAAGUGAGUUUGGAUGUAUGCACUCAGAAUUAUCCAAAACAAGGUUGCAGAGAGGAUGAAAGAAUAGAAACUUUUGAGAGUACAAACGAUUCGUCAGCUGCAGGAGAAAACCCCGAACUACUUGGCGUCCCUAUUCCUUUGAAAAAUGAAGAACCUCAGAGAAAACCCCCAAAACGAAUCAAAGAUUGGCUGAGGGAUCCAGGAUUGUAUAAGGUAAACCUUUGAUUUUCCAACUUUUCUGGUUAGCUGGAUGCAUUUAUAUUAUUAUGAUUUGUUCUCCUUCUACUUCAUCUUUUCAUUUUCAGGUGGCUAUUAUUUUGGCAUGUACACGCCAUGCACAGGACUUUACGACCACCUAUUUGCCGCUUUUCCUCACAGAAACACUGCGAUUUCCUAAGGUAUGAAUUACUCUUUUUUUCUUUACCCUGUUUUUCAACGUGAUUUGUACUUUUGGUUUCAUAUUGAAAAAUAUAAUCGUAACAUUAUCACGUUUUUAUUGUUAUUGUGCAUUAGGAAUCUACCGCCUAUUUUCCACUCAUACUCUUGAUCAGUGGCUCUCUAGCGAGUUCAACAUCUAACAAACUAAACAACAAAAUUGGGAGUAAGGUAGGACUGCGAUUUUGAAUCCUAGACUAACAGCUUUUGUGGCUGGCAAGUCAGAAGCGUAUUUUAUUUAUUUUUGUGUUGUCUAAAACGCCUUGACUGUUCAAAAUUUGCUAACGGCUUAUUCGUUUGUGGGUGUUUUUUUUUUAACUUUACAAGGAUCAAUGAAUCAAGGGAUCUUUUUAUAGCUUUGAUAAAGUUAACUAGACUGGCUAACAAGCUUAGAACUCGCCAACCCUCCUAUCCUAUUUACAAACAAGAUAGUCUUCACUUGACAUUGCUCAUCCAAGCAGUGUGUAAGACGCUUGUUACAGAGACAUUUUCUCUUCUUUGUCUCUUUCUUUUGGCAGAACUAACAAAAGCCUUGUUUUGUUAAAUGAGUCUUACUAACCCGCAAACUUUCCUUGAUUUCCACAUCUAGUGGACCUACCUUUUGGCGGGUUUGUUAGUGAUUGGUGGUGCUGUUUGGAGCUAUUUUCAAACCAUCUCCAUCAAACAGUCAACUUAUGCACCAGUGGUCAUAAUAGGGAGCGGUUUGUCCAUUAUGCAUGUCAUGGCACUUGUCUUCAUCAUUGAGCUGAUCGGGGAUAGUAAGGUUAGCGUUAAAAACAAAUUGCGAUAUGCUUUAAAACAAUUAAACUCGUGAAGGGUGGUCGAUACAACCAGCAACAUCCAAUCGGUUGAUCAGUAAGUAAGCAUUUGAAAUAAGGUCGCAAUUUGAUUGAGUGUCGCACAAAAAAAAAGAAGUGAUCACAAUGGCUUACCAGAGAAAAGGAAUAUAUGCAAGCAGCUAAUGAGAACGUAACUUAAAAGAGCAGACUGCCUGAAACAGGGUAAAACGUUGAACAAUGUGAAAUCGGUGUCAGUUUUGCUUGUGAUCGGUUGAGAGGCGAGAGCUGUCGAAACCAACCAUAUAGAGGAUUGCUAUCGACAGUAAAUUGAGUAUGUUAGCAGUUAUGUUUUCGUCUGUGAGCUCAAUAACAUGAUGAAGCAAUUUCCUUUCAGGAAAACAGUGGAUCAGUGUUUGCCAUUAUCGAUGUGAUCGCCAGAGUUUCAAGCGGUUUAAUUUUAAUUGGUAUACUGGAAUUUUACCCAAACGAAAGGUAAGCGAAAGUCAGUGUGAUGUUGCCUUGCUGAGAACUAAAACAUUAAAUUAAUACAUCUAUGAUGGCUACAUACGACAGCUUCUUUGGUGAAAACUCGAAUAAAGAUGUAAUCAUGAGUUGCUUUUUUUUAUUUUUUAUCAGUAUGACGUGGCUUUUUUUGCCAGAUUUUGAAAUGGAAUGAAAGCGUUAAGUAGUGAAUAAUUGUUAGUUUUUUUUCCCUAUUUUCGAUUAAGAACAAGCUCAAACGAUGCAGUUACCAAAUAUGUACGACAUGUGUUUGCAUUGACGACCGGAAUUUUAGCUCUGGUGGGAUCCCUAGUGGUUUUGUUUUUCCAACCGUAAAAGUUUAUCAACAAUACUAGAGGUAAGGACAUCACAGGAUUAAAAGAGUUUUAUGACAAGUGUAACACAGGGAGAACGAUUGGAAACUUUUCUGACCUUACAUUUAACAAAUGGUUUUGAGUAUUACUGUUCUUGCGCUUGUCAUCCUAUUGAAAGACGCAGGCCCGUUUACAUGUGUUUGUUUCGUCAUGACAGCGGUUAUUGUGGAUGUACUAUAAAAAAAAUUAAUGCUCCGUUUGGGACGGUUUCAGUGGAUUGGGAGGGAGAAAGUAUUUCCCAAGUCUUAUUUAGAUUGCAAGUCAGUUUUGAAGUGGUUGUCUCUGCACUGAAUCCUCUUUCUGCCUAUCUCUCUUUUUUUUUUUUUUUUUUUUUUUAAGUGGGAUGUUGAAAAUCAACCCUGCCAACCAUCGUCUCAUUUUCAAGUUCUCCAAUGUCCAGCUGAAGAAGUAGAGUCAGUCGACCACUCGGACACUUAUCACAAUAACCAUAAAGUUACGGUGCAUUUUUGUUCAGAGGACACAAAACUUUAAACUCGUUGAGAAUUGUAUUUAGUGUAACAGUUGGCUCAAUGGCCUUCCAAAGAUCACGCCCUUAAUUUCGUUUCACAGACUUCGAAUCGUAGAUCUUUCUGUUUCAACUAUUAGGCUAGAAUGGAAGAAUUUGUGGAGUUAAUCCUUGUCAGACUACGUUUAUGUUUUACGAGGAAUUUUAUUUGGGUGUCAAGGUAGGAGAAUAUCAUGCAUACAGAGGAUUACGGCUGAAGGUUUUUCAAAGUUUGACGUCAUACUUACCUUAGUUUUUAUUAAUGGUUGUGCAGUGUCUUUUGAUUAAGCAGUACUUUCCAAUUUCAAUCUUUGUUACUUUUUGGUCUUCUUGAUUCAUCAAGGUAAGGACGCAAGUAAAUUAAUUAGUAGACUCUACGUGGAUUAUGGCUAUUGCGUUGUAUUGUAUCGCUUUUUGCUGCGCUAGAAGACAGUGCUUUCAAAGAUGGAAGAAUUUUAUAAUUUUAUGAAAACUAUGACUAAGUUAGACUCCCGCCUUAGUAGCCAUUAAUGGACUUUUUUAAAACCUAAAACUUGAAAAAUAGACUGCGUAUCGUGAAUGGCGAGGAGGAUUGUGUGAUCGAUAUAUUGCACAAUAGCUUGUUGAACUUCUCUACACGAUAUCAAAGGGUCUUGUAACGGGAACUCUCUCCUUGGUGUAUGUUCUGCAGGAAAGAUUCAGCGAGCCAACCGGGUGACUUAGCCAAGAAAUUUUAAUAUGCCGGUAUUUCGUGCUCUCCCCUCAGUGUGUCUCAUAAUGAAACCACUCACCACAUGAGUCUGCAAACGUUCCAUUAUAUUCCUCCAAUUGGCAAUCUUGUUGCUCCAGAGUAGCAUUGUUGAAUUUUUCUUCAAUCAAUGCCUCGAAACCAGUUUUCUCUCUUGUGGUCCUUUUCUCGGCUUGUUCAAUAGAGACGUUCAGCAACUUCGAGAUGUUAAUCUAGGGUUCUCAUUGGCGUGGCCCCUUUGAUUUCGGAAAAAAGCAUCUUCAUUGUCAUCACAAUGAUGUGACAACGACAGACGAUACUGGCUCCUUAUCACAUUUCUGAGACCAAAUUUUAUUCUUACUGGAAAAGGUUUCAUUCCAUUACAUUCCACAGGAGAGUAAUCUCUGUGAAAAGUACUCUGAUACUAGAGCAAAGCCAAUCUAAAUUCCCUUGUCCUUUCCGCUCCUGUGCUUGACUUUAAUUCUAGUUCGAACAUUUUAGGAAACGUUUAAUCAUACAUUUUUCAGUUUAACCGAAUUUUUUUCUAUUUUUAGGUUUUUUUGCAUGUUAAAUUUUUUCCAAUUUACCCUUGGUAACAAGCUAAGGUUUAAGAUAAAGCCUGCUAAAAAAUUUAAUACCUCGUUCUUGAUAUGAUAGUUUUCAGCCACCGAUUAAUUUAACCUUGCAUUGAUCGUGCUUUGUUUUCAAGAUUUUUCAAGAGCUGGCUACUGAAGUACCUUUUAUAGAACUUGUAAAACUUAGCUUAGAUUAAAAACCUGAGUGGAAAUUUUCUAGAACUUAUGCGUCAAAACUUUCUGCCAAUACCUUAAGGGC